UAAGAUUUCUUUCAUUUUGUUUUUGAAAAUGCUUCUAUGUUUGCUUAGCUUGAUUGAAUGGGUUUAAUUAAACUACUGUAAACGUGUAAGGUGUGUGUAUUGGUUCUUUUAGAAGUAAAUUCUGUACUAUAUUGCAAGUGAAUAUGGGUGAAGUUCGAAACUCACCAUGUCCAGCCAGUCUUAAAGAUUAUUCGUGUUGAAUGCAAUUUGAUUCAUACUCACGCCUUCGUCUAAAAAUUUUACACGCUUCAAAUUCGCGGUCCCGCGGAACUAAUUGAACUUCUAUAGCAAGCAGCAAAACUUUUCAUUUCAGUAUUGUCCCGUUGUGUUGAAGAUUGAAAGCAAACGCUAGAAUCUCAAUUAAAGCGUCCCAUUAAUUUCAAGUCCUGUCGUUUCAGUGUGUCAUCCGUCACUUUAAAUGUUGGUAUAAGAAAUAUUUCCCCUACAUGCGAAACCCGCUUGGACAGGACGUACGGUUUUAUUUCAUGAAGUUGUUAGCACUAUAAUUAAAUCGGUAGUGAAAUACUCGUAUUCAAGUUUCUAUUUUCCGUAAAUGAUCGAAAAAGUUGAUGCAAUUCUCGAUUUUCGGAGUGAUGCGUGGCUUUACCUUUAAAAUUUGUCAGAUUAGGUCUCUUGAAUUCAAACUUGUGCAUCCAUGGGGAUUGUGUGCUAAGAAUUCAGCUCUGGACAGCGUCCUCUUGUUACUUCAUGUGUUAUUGGAAAACCGUUGAGGGCGCUACUGAUUCGGAAGACUUUCACAAGAGCUCUUUCCCGUUCGAUGUCCCGGAGAAAUAAGGGGAAACUAGCAUUACGAGUCAUGGCAUUGCAAACUCUGAAUGGAAAAACGUGCGAUCAGUUCGAAACGAUGAGGGAAUAGGACCGAAGUCAUUAUCGCAUCACAUUAAUUUCGAGCAGGUGGUCGUAUAUUGGUGUUGAUGUAGGUGAUAUAGAGCUAAUUGUGACACACUGAAGCGGCACGCUUUAAACUUAUCAUUCCACAAAUCCCAUUCCGUUGUGGAAUUUUCGUGUGUGUGUAUCCCGGGGGUGAAGCAGGCGGUGCAUUGUUUUUGACAUUCUGAUAUACAGGGAUGCACUUCUUUUUAAUCGAUGCCAGGUAACGCGUGCGAAAUUUUGUGAAUGAUCAGUAUACAUUUGCGCGGGAACUUUCUUCGUAAGCUUUUAAAACCAAAACAUGUUAUGCUUCCUGCGUAAUUUUAAAUGAGUUGACUGUAAGUGCAUUUUUGGAAUUCAAGGGCCAAACGUUGUACAGUAUCUCGUUUUAAUUACCUCAACCCGAUCUUAAUGGCAUUUUUCUAAUUUUUCAUCGAUGCUUUUUCAUUAUUGGUGAUCGGUAAAGUAAAUUUCAAUCUUCGCAGAGGAUAUUUAGUUUCUUGCUGUUUUUAUUUUUGUAGUCUGCAGGCGAUGGUGGCGAUUUUUGGUGAUCGGGUCAUGACCGAAUGCUUCAUUGUGAAGUUUCUACUGAAAUGUUAUGCUUCCUUCAAGAAUUGAUCACGUUCAUCAUUCAGAAAAGUACAAAAGAUAUUCGUAUAGUAUCCGAAUAAUUUGAAUAUGCACAAAAAUAAAUUUUAAGAAAUAAAAAUCGUCUACAGUAUUUUCGAUCAGCAAAUUCUGUACUGCAGUAAAAUCUCGUUUCAACUAAAUCAUCAGGACCAGUGAAAUAGGUUCGUCGUUGUGAAAAAAAAAAAUCAUCCAGUAAGUCAUUUAACCUCUUGGCUACUGGGCAAUGUCUUGUAAAACGAAGAAUUCGUUGUACCGAGAUUCUGCUGUAUAUCUUUAAAAAUUAGUCGACCCAUACACAUACUUAUAAUUUGAGACUUGAGGAUAGGAAUACUGUAGGUCGAAAUCUGAUAUUUUACGGAAAUUAAUGUUCAGCUUGAAAUUUCAGUGUUCUUGUCUUCUUUGUGAUCUAAUUUGUUCAUGUUUUUGAUCAAGUUUUCACAAAAGGAUGAAGGUUAAUGUUUUAAUUUGCGACGUUAUGUGAGGAAUGUCAUAAACCGGUGAUUUCAUUUGUGUGUGUGCUAAGCCUCUUCUUUGUGGAGUAACUUGAUCAUGGUUUUUGGUUCAAACUUCAACACCUGUUGAAUGUGCCGACAUAUUUACAUUCAAAUGUUGUGGACCGUAGCAGUUGUGCAUGCCUGCUAUUUCGAACGUUUUUUUCGGGCUUCUUGAUGUAUUUUGGAGUGGGAACAGUUCUUCAGCCAGGCGAGAGCAACGCAGUAUUUUCAUCUCUUACUGCGAGGCCGAAUCAGUGUUUGGGUGUUGCGUGAGUGUGUGUGUGUGUAUGAGGGACUUUUGAAGAUGAGUUCGUCGUCGCACCCCGUUCCGUUUAUUGUGUCCGGUCGCGCGGCUGCAGGUGGCGGGGAGCCGGAGCCGGAGCCGAACUCGAAGAAUAUUUUGGUCGCUGUCGACGACGAAAUAGUUGUAGGCGACGACCCGUCCGGGCGAGUGCGGGUACCCUCAUCUAGUAGUUCCGUUGCGACAGAUGAAUCCUCGUCAACCUCUGCGUCAGUGACUGUCCCAGACGUCGGGUAUCAGCAGCCUGGGGCUUUGAGAUAUUUGGCAGCCGACUCGCAGUACGUUGCUGGCUCGUCGCGUCGCAGCAACAGCGUGACUAGAGAGAAUCAGCCUUUGCUCGGGGCCAGGAUGGAGAUGGAAAUGUUUCACAACAACUUUCCGGAUGAUCCGGAGUUUGCGGAAGUGAUUGCCAGUGUUGAAACGGCUAUUGAUGCGGGAAUUUUCCCGGAACGGAUCUCGCAAGGAACCUCUGGGAGCUAUUUUGCAAAAAAUCCGGAUGCUAAACCUGUGGGAGUUUUCAAGCCCAAAGACGAAGAAGUUUAUGGUCGCUUGAAUCCAAAAUGGACAAAGUGGAUCCAAGGAAUGUGCUGCCCUUGUUGCUUCGGACGGUCUUGUCUGGUGCCGAAUCAAGGUUACUUAUCCGAAGCUGGGGCAUCUCUGGUCGACGAAAAACUGGGACUCGGAUUAGUUCCGAAAACGAAAGUCGUGCGACUCGCUAGUGACUCAUUCAAUUAUAUGCGUUUAGAUCGUGAGAAAAGUAGGGCGAAGAAGAUGGUGUACGAAAAGUUCCCCAAAGUGGGAAAGCAUUUCCACCGCCUUGGCUUGCCGCCGAAAGUUGGCUCGUUGCAGAUGUUCGUCGAAAAAUAUAGGGGCGCAGAAGAGUGGUUGCGUCGCUUUGAAACGGAACCGCUGCCUCCGAAUUUGGCUCGCGAUUUCCAACAGCAGUUCGAAAAGCUUGUUUGCUUAGAUUAUAUCAUACGUAACACGGACCGAGGCAACGAUAAUUGGCUCAUUCGCUACGACAAAGGGCCGACGGAAAUCAGUGCUGACGGUGGCAAUGCAGGUUGGUCCGUGUUGACCGACAAUGCCAGCAUCAAAAUAGCUGCGAUCGACCACGGUCUCGCGUUUCCGUUCAAACACCCGGAUUCUUGGAGGGCAUAUCCAUAUCAUUGGUCUUGGCUGUCGUACGCCAAAGAACCGUUCAGUGUGGAAACGAGAGAUUUGCUGCUUCCGAAACUAGAUGAUGACAAUUUUACCGAGGAAUUAAUAGAGGAUUUGAAGCGGCUUUUCAAGACUGACAAGGACUAUAACAGACAUACAUUUGAACGCCAGAUGUCUGUGUUGCGUGGUCAAGUUCUUAACCUUAGAGCGGCGUUAAAAGAAAGGAAGAGCCCAGUUCAGCUAGUACAGAUGCCUGUACAAACUGUGGAAAGAACGGAACCCGAUCCUGCGAUGACUGUAAGAAUCAAGGAUGCAUUAAGACAGCGAUUUCAGCCGAGGAGCCCAUUCUUCUCCUGGUUUUGA